AUGUCCGUUCUCGACACUACGUUGGAACGAUUAAGAGCACACGGUCUUCGACUUAAUAGAUCUAAAUGUAUAUUCGCCUCAUCGUCAGUUGAAUUUUUAGGACAUAGGAUAGAUGAGCAGGGCAUUCAUAAAUCGGCCAGGCAUAUCGAAGCGAUACGCGAUGCUUCCAAACCGUCGACUCCAGAAGAGUUACAACUAUUCUUAGGUAAAGCAACUUAUUACAAUUCUUUUAUUCCUAAUCUGGCAACGAGAAGCCGUCCACUUCGAGAUAUGUUGUUGUCGGAUCCGUUCACAUGGACGCAAUCAGCCAAGGUAGCUUAUGAGGAUAUUAAACAAACUCUUAUUUCGCCGCUAGUUCUUAUACCUUACGAUCCGUCACUACCAUUAGUUUUAGCAACCGACGCGAGUAAAAUAGGAUUAGGUGCGGUUCUAUCACAUAAGUUAAGUAAUGGACAAGAACAUCCAAUAGCUUACGCUAGUCGAACAUUGAAUUCUACUGAACAGCGCUAUCCACAGAUAGACAAGGAAACAUUGGCUAUCGUCUGGGCAAUACAAAAGUUUUUUUACUAUGUUUACGCACGUCAUUUUACAUUAAUUAUAGAUCACAAACCGUUAACUCAGAUUUUGCACCCAGAGAAGUCACUUCCUGUCCUUUGCUUCAAACGGAAGAUACUAAGCUAUCUCAAGAAGAAGGAAAAAAAUGAGUUCGAUGAAUUUGUUUUAUGCCAAAUUCGACAACUUCCAGUUCGCGCGGAACAGAUAGCCAAGGAAACUUGCAAAGAUCCUCAUUUGGGCAAAAUUGUCAAGACUUUGGAAGCAGGUCAAGAUCUUGCUCGUGCAGGGUACAAAGCCCCAGAAGUUAAUUAUACACUAACGGCUAAUUGCUUGCUAUUCGAACACCGAAUAGUAGUACCAGACACACUGCAGCAAUCGAUUCUCAAUGACCUUCACGCAGCACAUGUGGGCAUCGUCAAGAUGAAAGGCAUGGCACGAUCAUUUGUAUACUGGCCCGGGGUCGACGCGGAGUCGCGAACGAGUCGCGAAAUCUUGCAGAAUGCGCCAAAGACGCGCAUGCCCCCCCCGAAGUUCAGAGAUCAUCAUUGGGAAUAUCCGAAGGGACCAUGGGAACGCAUUCAUAUUGACUAUGCAGGACCGGUGGAAGGUGUGAUGUUGCUUAUCAUCGUAGAUGCAUACAGUAAGUGGCUCGAGGUGAAGGUAACUACCUCGAUGACCACAACAGCAACAAUUGCAACUCUAGAUGAAUUGUUCUCGAGAUAUGGCGUACCAGUUUCUGUCGUCUCGGACAAUGGCCGCCAAUUUGUUUCCGCCGAAUUCGAAGCGUUCCUGCAGACGAGUGGUGUGAAGUACCACAAGCUGACCGCAUCAUAUCAUCCCUCUACGAAUGGGCAAACAGAACGUUACGUCCAAACGGUCAAGGACGCUCUAAAAGCAAUGUCUACCACGCAAGGUUCUAUACAACAGAACUUAAAUGAAUUCUUGCGCCAAUACCGGAAGGCUCCACAUUCAACGACAGCACAACCUUCUGCACAGCUCUUUCUGGGACGCAACAUUCGUCCCGACUUGACUUAG